AGCUUUGUUUUUUCCUCUUCUGAAUAAGAAUGACAGAAGAUGGGAGGAACGAUGGGAGGGGAGUGGACACGUACGGGCUUGGGGACUUGUGUGUUGGACAGUGGCUGAAUGUGAUGCUGCACCUGGGGGUACUGUUGCUUUAUUGGGCCCCCUUCUCGCCUACCCCAACACAGUCACUCACCCAUAUGCGAAGAUCUAAGAGUUGCAGCGUGGGAUCUAUACCUUCUAUCUACUGCAUUUUUUGACGUGUUACGAUUCUGUCUAUCCUGCCUCAUGCUGCAGUACAGAUGUAGAUGAUAAAAAGGCAAAAAAUUGGGAUUUGGACUCACAGAAUGAGUGCUACCACCACUGAAGACCAAGAGAUGUUCUGUGAGAAAGCAGUGGCCCUCAUUGUUGACCUCUGCCUGGACAGCAGCCCUCACCUGGACUCUGCAACAUGCCAGGAUUUCCUGUUGCUUCUGGCAAAUGACAACCCCAACAUCUCCAGCUCAGACAUUUCUUUCAGUCUCCUGCUGCUUGUAUUUGUGGUGUUCAGUUUGGCCCUGCUGGGUCUCAUCAGCAUCGCCACCUGGAAGCUGUGCUGGGUGCCCUGGCGCAGCAAAGCACUUUCCUCCAGUGCCACCGCCCUUGCCCCCACCCAACCAGAGAGAGGCCAACACAGAGAAGGUCACGGUGACUACUGCCCACCCUUCAUAGACAUCAUGGCAGCAGGCAAGUUGAAGGACCCUGGGAACUUUCUGGAGGCGGCAGUGAAGAUCAGUCAUACGUCGCCAGAUAUCCCCGCAGACGUGCAACUGUCCAUGAAGGAUCAUCUGCUGAGGCGUACGCGCAUCUCACGACAGACCACUGAACCGACCUCCUCUAACAGGCACAGUUCCUUCAAGAAGCACCUCCCCAGACAGAUGCACCACGUGACCAGUCUGGACCGUGGAAGUGAGUUUUUGGAUGUAGAGGACCAUCCCACGUGCACCGCGGCCUCUCUUGGGCGCAUCCAACCAGAACUCUACAAACAGAGCACGGUGGAGGCAGAAGAGUCAUCCAAAGAUGACUCUGCUAAAACAUGUGGCAAAAUCAACUUCUCCCUGAAGUACGAUUAUGAGGGAGAGUUCCUCCUUGUCACCAUCCUCAAGGCUUUCGACCUACCUGCGAAGGAUCUGUGCGGCAGCUCGGAUCCUUACGUCAAGAUCUACCUGCUGCCCGACCGUAAGCGGAAAUUCCAGACACGGGUCCAUCGCAAGACGCUUAACCCCACGUUUGACGAAACCUUCCAGUUUCCUGUCCCAUACGAGGAGCUGGGCUCCAGAAAGCUCCACUUGAGCGUGUUUGACUUUGACCGCUUCUCACGACACGACAUGAUCGGGGAGGUGAUACUGGAAAAUCUUUUUGAAGUUUCAGACCUCUCACGGGAGACAUCGGUCUGGAAAGACAUUCAAUACGCAACCACCGAAAGUGUGGAUUUGGGAGAGAUAAUGUUCUCUCUUUGCUACUUGCCAACUGCAGGGAGACUCACACUUACUGUCAUCAAAUGUAGAAACCUCAAAGCUAUGGAUAUUACUGGUUAUUCAGAUCCAUACGUGAAGGUGUCACUAAUUUGCGAUGAAAGACGCUUGAAAAAAAAGAAGACGUCCAUAAAAAAGAAUACACUGAACCCGGCAUAUAACGAGGCGAUCAUCUUCGACAUCCCUCCGGAGAAUAUGGAUCAAGUCAGCUUGCACAUAUCAGUUAUGGAUUAUGAUCUAGUGGGACACAAUGAGAUCAUUGGAGUCUGUCGUGUAGGAAUCCAUGCUGAGGGACUGGGCAGAGACCACUGGAAUGAGAUGCUAGCUUACCCUCGAAAACCCAUCGCUCACUGGCAUUCACUUGUAGAGCCCAAGAAGUCUGAAAAGGAGUGGAAAACUCGCACAGCAAGCUUUGACAGUCAGGGUUCUUGUCCCUCUCCCAGACUUCCCUCCAGUCCAUAAGGGAGGGAAAGACUCUCUCUGCGUCUUAACACGAGCCAAGGAUCUCCCAGGAAGCAACGGUGAGAUUCAGAUAUGUCCUAAGACAGUGUGAUACAACGUGUGCGGACAUAUAUAUCAUGGAGGAAGGAUAAUGCAGACUUCAUGCGUAUAGUGAAACUGAGCCUAGCCAAGUUAUUGUAUAGCUUUUCGGUGUUCGGAUUGAAGUGUUGCUAUUGCUUUGGGUAAAUCUACAACCCACAAAGAGGUUGAUUAUUACACUUCAAGAUGAAUUUAAGUACCCCAGGAAAAAUGUGGAUGUUUUUGUUAUUGAAUAAUUGGUAAAUGUACAGUAUAAUAUAUUUUCCUUGACAUUAUAGUAAUAUGAAGAUAUAGUUUAUUAUAUACUGUAUUUAGCCAUAACUUCUGGUUCUUUUUGUCUCUUUGAAAAUAAAAUACAUGAGAUUUAUAAGACCUUGAUAUGUUUAACUUAUUAAUAUAUAUUAGAUUAUUGUUUACAGAGAUAUUCCAUUGAUCUUCCUUUUGUUUUGGUGAAGUAUAGUGAAAUUAUUCUGCUACCAAAAAGACAAAUGCCAAGAGUCACUUGUAUCCUGUCUACAUAAAACUCAUCAUUAGUGUAUAAAUCGCUUUAUUUUGGUUUGCUGAGAUUUAAAGGCAUAGUUCACCUAAAAAUAUUCUCAUCCUCGUGUUGUUCUAUACCUGUAUGAAUUUCUUUUUUCUGAUGAACACAAAAUAAGAUAUUUUGAUAAAUGAUGCUAAGCACACAGCUAAAUGUAACCAUUGACUUCCAUAGUAUGAAAAACAAAGACGAUGGAAUUCAAUGGGUACCGUCAACUGUGUGCUUACCAUCAUUUAUCAAAAUAUCUUCAUCAUUUAUCACAAUACUUUUUUUACUACUAUGGAAGUUUUUGUGUGAACCAUCCCUUUAAAUUGUUGGCAUAGAUUUGCUGUUACAGUAUAUAUGAAGAGUUUGGUUCCAAAACGCAAUAAAUCCAUUUUGACUAAUUUGAGUAAAAAUGUGUUUUCUAUACCAAGAAAGUGACAAGAUGAAAACCACUAUUUUUUUGUUACAAACGUUCACAUAGCAUCUUUAGGUUAUAAUAACAUUAAAAAUUCAAAUCCAUAAUUUGAUGUUUAAAGAUUUAUUAUAAAACUGAUUUUUUUCCCCACAAAAUGCAAUAAAUCCAUUACAAGUUUUUUUUCCAAAAUGCUAUAAAUCUAUUGAAUCAAUAUAUAAAUGUGCAUUCAUCUUGCCAUGUUAUAUUCAUUUAGUUGACUAGUGGUACACACUGAUUAAAAAAAUAAACAUUAAUGGCAUUAACCAAAACACUUACUUUGUCAUAUUAAGAACACUGUCAUUGCUACUGUCAUCCUUAAGACGUCGUCGCUCAACUUUUUCGACAGCGAUCAGCUGUAAAAACUUUUGGUCCUGCGCGAUUUUCGAGUAAAAAAAUGGAACGUUUUUCAUAAGAUCCCCUGGGUUUAAUGUGUUAGCAUGACAGAAGCUUCUUGCUGUCGGGAGAACAAGCAACCGGCAUUUUUCCGUCUCCCGAAUGCUCUCGCGUAAAUUAUUCGAUUUUGAUGGGUUACGUUUCUUUCCCGCCACAGAAAACCACCACAGGUUUAUCAAUGCCAUCAAAAGUAUUAUUUUGUUUUUGUUUGUUUGUUGAUCACGAAGUACAAAGUAGAUGAGGAAAACUAGGAUUCUGUGUGUAUUCAACAGCUCUGCCAUUGUUGUUUACAGUGCGUGGAAUGGUGCGCUGUGAUUGGUUAAGUGGAUUUAUUGCAUUCUGCAGAGAAGGAGGACUGGCGUUUAUUGCGUUUUGGGAAAAAAGGGAGAAAAGAUUACAAAAUAACACGGCGGAUAUUGGAUUUUGUGUAAAAUUAAGAAUAAACUUUUUAACACUGACCAGAUACAAUACUGAUACAUUUUUUUUUAAAUCGCGUUUUUGGAACUAAACUCUUCAUAUACUGUGUGUGUAUAUAGUAUAUUUUUUUCAGUCAGCUAUGAUUUUCUUUAGUCCAAUUCUGCACAGCUGUAUCCUUCAUGAUCCAUAAUGUACAUCUGGAAUAAAUGCAUAAAAUGCAGUAACUGUAGCUUGUAAAGUAUAGAUCAUAAUGAAUACCAGGGAUUGUGUUGACAGCAUGCCAAAUGUUGAAAUUGGAUUGAUAAAGACUUGAAAUGCCACCAUUAUGUAUAUUUAAUUUAUUACAAGUAUUUAUUCUGUUAUUUUUAAUUCUGUUCAAUCGUAUUUUGCAUAAACUGUGACACACGUUCAUUGUUCUGUAUUUUUCUUGUUACCUUUGAAGUGUUUAGAUAACAUGACAGGAAUCCGCUGUAAGAGUAAUCAAUGGGAAUCAAAUGGGUGUUUCUGUACGAAAUACUUGAUUCAGUGCCGAAGGGCAACUUUCCACUUUUAUAUAAAAAAGUUCUAUUUGUAAUGUACAGUAAUUGUUUCAGAACAGCCCCUUGUACUUUAAAGGUGUGAUUAAAGUUCUUGCUUCUACUGUA